GGAUGACUGACUGCUUGAUCCAACUUGCCGAUCACAGGAGUUUAACUCCAGCCAAGCUUUGAGGAUAACAUCAGCAUAGAGAUGUCCAGCCCAACUGUCCUGCCAGUGGUUGGCCUGGGGUCCAUGGCCCAGUCAGCUGGACUUGUGGAGAUUGCUGUCAGGCUGUGCUUGAACCAAAAUAAACAGUUGUGUCCUCACAUGUGGGUUCCCAUCCUAAAGCCCCUGCGGCCUUGCAUCCGUCCUCCAGUUUCAGAGCCGUUGUCUGUUGACAUGUUGACCCAAGCCUAUCUGACGCAUCCUUUUCCAUCUUUCUUGGAUGACCUGGAUGAUGAUGUUUUGAUUCCAGUCAAAAACAAGCAUGUGGUUUUUGCCGACUCGUGGGGAUUCCCUCUAACAGAUGUGCGACUAUUCUCUGAUGAAGAGGAGCAGUCUGAUCUCGGCCCGCUGCCCUCGUUGCAGGGUUUAGGAAGCAUGACGGAGGAUGGCUAUAGCUGCACGGUCAGCACCUGCUGCCCAGGAACACAGCUCAAACUGGGCUUUCCACAGCCCUCUCUAGAUUUCCAGGCCUUUCGUGCCAAACUGGCAGAGAGCAUGGUCAUCCUGGAGAAUUGCACCGUUAAUGAACACGUCCUCCAAGGUACAGCACGAGUCAGGAAUAUUAGCUUCCAGAAGGAUGUGCGUGUGCGCAUCACCUUUGAUUCUUGGCAAAGCUACAGAGAUGUGUCCUGCACAUACCUUCAGAAACGCUUUGGAGGACCACAGACAGAUAUCUUUGAAUUUGACAUAGCCAUUCCUAAAGUGCUCGAUGCUAAGAGAAAGAUAGAGUUCUGUUUAAUGUAUCUUCCUGCAGGGCAGAAAGAGCCUUUUUGGGACAAUAACAAUGGACAGAAUUACAGCAUAAUAGUGUGUGUGAACUCACAUCUUUGCCACAGAAGAAUCUAAAUAAAAAGGCAUGACAAUCUCAGCCUAUUAAUGAGCACUAUUUUAUCAUGUACCAGCUGUGAAUUAAAGUGUGUAUGAUUUUUCUUUUUUAUUGCGUUUGAUUGGUUGUCACUCCAAAGCUUUUUUUAAUCUUUCAAUAAAAGUAGCUGUUUUGUUUAAA